AAACGAACAUUCGCCGGGAACCCGGGAACCCACGUUGUUUGGUGGUUUUGGUGGUUCUUUUGUCAUUUCUCAAAAAAAUACCCUUGUGUUACUUUUGUACUACCGCCCGUGGGUAACCAUGGCCAUUCCGGACAAGACUUGGCAACCGCCAACAGUCACCAUCGAAACCACGAUGGGCGAGUUUGUGGUUGAAUUGUAUUGGAAGCACGCCCCUACGACAUGCCGGAAUUUUGCCGAAUUAGCUCGACGAGGAUAUUACAAUGGAACCAAGUUCCACAGAAUCAUCAAGGAGUUCAUGAUUCAAGGAGGCGAUCCUACGGGUACGGGACGAGGUGGUGCCUCUAUCUAUGGCAAAGAGUUCAAUGACGAAAUACAUCCCGACCUCAAGCACACAGGAGCUGGAAUCUUGUCCAUGGCCAACUCAGGCCCAAAUACCAACGGAUCUCAAUUCUUCAUCACUCUCGCUCCCACUCAAUGGUUGGAUGGGAAGCACGCCAUAUUUGGUCGAAUCCAAUCCGGCAUGGUAACGGUGAAACGCAUGGGGCAAGUAGAAACAGGGACUCAGGAUCGACCGGUAGACGACGUAUGCAUUGUAAAAGCCACGGCGGAAGUGUGAAGAAUUAUAUAUUUUUCGAAAUAAACCUUAACUGAUGUUAGCGCAA